GUAUCACGUUGCUGAUGCGAAGAAAUAGCUUGCUGAAAGAACGAAAUGAGAAUUGACAAUCAGUGCCAUUUCAAGUCGUUAAACCCUCACUAUAAAGCCCUAACCAACGGAACCGCUAUUGAAACCGUCAGUAUAAAGCAAUGGCUUCUAAGGUACAUUCAGGGAGUGGAACCGCUAUUGAAACCCCCAAAACCGUGAUAGAUGACGAGAUUCGCGCCACUGACGCCAUAGAAACCGAGCGGGCGGUGGAAGCGGCGAAGGAGAAGGAGGUUGAGCAUCACCCCACGGUGGGAGUGAAAAUGAAAGAGACACUGGAGAAGGAGGCGAAGUCAGUAGCUGAUCACCUUACGGAGGUAGCGGGGGCUGCGGAAACAACGAUUCCUUAUAAGAAAUUGCCGGUAGAUUCUGUAAUUCGGAUUAUAGUGCCUGUGCAUAAAGUUGAGAGUAUUUUCGGCCGGAAUGGAGAUUUCAUCAAGAAGAUAUGCGAAGAGACUAAAGCUAACAUUCGUGUGCUGGAAGGACCCGAUUACGAUCCUAAAUGCAUUUACCCUGCGUCAUUUGGUAAUUCAGUAGCAUGUUUUAUUCACCAUGUAAAAUCGGUAGAAAUAUCUAGCAAGGAAGAUAUGGAGGCACCUUUGUCAUCUGCAAUGGAUGGUGUGAUAAGAUUAUUUAAAUGUGUGAAUGGAUUUCCAGAAAAUGAGAGUGAUGGUGUAGCAUCCAUUCCAUUUUGCUCAAGUCGACUAUUGUUAACAUCAAUGCAAGCCACAAGUCUGAUUGGGAAUCGAGGAUCCUCAGUCAAUACAAUACAGGACAACAUCGGUUGUUCUGUUCGUAUCCUACCUAGUGAUGAAGUAUCAACAUUAUCCGCCAACUCAGAUGAUAGAAUUGUAGAGUUAAAGGGAGAAGCUCUCAAGGUUCGGCAAGCUUUAGAAGCUGUUCAUAGACACCUGCACAUGUUUUCGGUUGAUCAUAGCAUCCCUCCUCUCUUUGAUUCAAACAUGGUUGAAGUGGCAAUGAAGAUGGCAGCUGAGGAACCCGUUAUAUGGACCGGGUCAAGUCGGGCUAUUUCCGGAGCGGGCCGUGCUUUUUACAGGCUAGACCGGGAUUUUUUCGGGCCGGCUCUCAUGCCAACCUUUUACCCCAUGUACGUACCGCCCCCUCCUCAUCAUUGUCGCAGACGCUGUCGCUGUCGACGCCGCCCAAUUUUGCCGCCACCAUCAGGUAUGGAAAGUAUGAACGGACCAAAACGAACUAGGUAUCUUUGGAAGGAUGACAUAGUUAAUACGUUUCUUGAUGCAUGUAUUCAUGAGAUCACCAACAAUGGCCGAGAAAACGGUAGUUUAAAAGCAGUUUCAUGGAAGAAAGUUGGGGAGAUGCUUAAAGAUAGACAUAACUUUCCUGUUGAUACUAAACAAAUGAAAAACUAUUUUGAUGGACUCAAGACCAAGUACAGAGCUUGGCUAUCACUGAAAAACAAAACCGACAACAAAUAUGAUCCUUCCACCAACAUGUUUAAUUUGACAGACAUUGAAUGGGAGACUGAAAUCAAGAAAAAUAAAUGCAUAGAAGAGUUGAGGGAUUCCCCCCUACGGUUUCCGGAUCUUUGUGCACAACUUUUUGACGGCGGUGUUGACCAGGCUUUGACCAAACCGGGACUGAGCCUCCCUACAUUGUCGCCGUCCCACGUCACUACCACCCCAUCAGAAAAUUAUAUUGUUUUUUCAUGUUCGGUUGAAGCAUCCCUUGAACCUCAAGCGGCAGAUGCUCUCAUUCCACCAUCUACCCAAACACUACCACCAUUACCCGCUACUGAAACACCAGCAGAACCACAAAAAGAACCAAUGGUUGAAGUACCACCGGAAAUGCCUCAAGUACAACCUGCAAGUGAAGUCGUGGUAAUAGAGACGAAACGACCAAUGUCGGUUUUUGAAGAAGAAAUGUUGGGUGUCUUGAAGAUGAUAGCUGAAAAGAUGAACAAACCUGAACCACCUUCAAAACCGACAUUUGAAGAUUGUGAAAAGAAGUUGAAUGAGCUUGGGUGGCCCAAAGAUGAUCCGCUCCAACUAGUUGCACUCACGAUUUUUUGUGACGAAAAUGAUAACUAUAGGGAAUGUUGGAUGAAAUUAGACCCGGAUGUGUGUGCUAAUUGGGUUAGAAUGAUUGGUCGUAGUAAAAGAUUCAGUUAG